UCCAGCCAUGCCCGGCCCGUACGUCCCUCCAGGCUACUCGCCGCCAUUCCAGGUGGUUGACGAUCUCCACCACGGUGCCUGGGUUAUUAUCGUCGUUGCGCUGGGACUCGUUCUCUCGCUGGUCAGCUUCUUGAUCCGACUCUAUGUGAGGCUCGCCCUGCACCCGCCGUUGGGGAAGGACGACUACGUCCUGCUGGGAGCAACGAUUAUUGCCGUCGUUCAAGCAACGCUCAUCUUUGAAGCCUGUGCAAAAGGCCUCGGGACGUCGAUUGAUUUGCUUGACGAGGGAGACGUAAAUAUUAUCCAGGUUCUCAUCAUCACGAGCGACAUCCUCUAUCUCAUUACCCUCUACACGACAAAAUGCUGCGUCGUCGGGAUAUACCUCCGCCUCACGCCUCAGAAGACCCAUAACCGGGCCUCGUGGGCUACAUUACUCCUCUGCACCCUCUGGGUUGUGCCAGCGAUCCUCAUUCUCUCGGUGAACUGUGGCCUCAAUAGACCCUGGAAGGGAACGGGUGGCCAGUGUGAGAACCUCUUACCAAGAUGGCAGUUUAUCGUCGCCCUUGACAUAACCACCGAACUGAUUCUCUUCGGCCUGGCUGUCUUCCUUCUUGCAGGUCUUUUUAUGCCUGUCAAACGAAAAUUCACGAUCGCAUUCGCGUUUAUAUUUCGACUUCCAAUGAUCGUCUUCGCUAUCCUCCACAUCUACUACCUCCACCAAUCCCUCACCUCACCAGACCCCACCCUCGACGCCGUCCCGUCCUUAAUCUGGGGCCAGGUCGAACUCAACUACGCUCUCGUCGCAUGCAGCGUCUUCUGCAUGCGUCCGUUUAUAGCAGCCGUCAGCACAAAUUACGGACGCGGCGGGGAUUCUACGCUUGAAAGUAGUCGGGAUAAAUCGUCUGGGUCGAAUUCAAAGUCUACGGGCGGUUCGGGCGGGGGGUCCAAAGGGGGAACGGAGACUAUCGGGAAUGAAACAGCGAUGCUUGGGAAUUCAGAUCGAAGAGCUGGGACUGCAAGAGCAAAGGUAGAAAGGGGGAAUGGGAUGAUUGGCCGGGGGUCGGCUGGGACCGAUGAGAUUGAGCUUGUGGACUGGACGCAGGGGCGGAGAUGGAGUGAAGGAAGUGGGAAGAUGAUUAUCCGAAAGGACGUGCAGUAUACCGUGGAGUUUGAUGGGGUGGAAUCCUCGAGCAAGAACUUGCAUCAUGAGUCGGAGUACUGGGAUCAGUACUUGGGCGGACAGCGGCCCUGA